AUGACGCCUUGGUUUGCAUUGUUCGAGGCGUGGGCAGUCGCAGCACUGAUCCGAAGCCCAACGUUCAACCGCGCGGUCCAGAAAGCGUACCGCAAGAUCAACAAGAUCCCAGAUCAUGAGCCGAAGAAUGGAUUGGGCCGUACCGGUCCUUCGGCAUUCGACCAUUUCAAAGACGAAGUGAAGACCCAGUUCAAGGAGCUCACUUGGCAGAAACGAGACCCACGGAAAUGA